UAUUUCAAUUUAUUAUUUCCAAUUUUCCUGAAAAAUGAAAAAUGUAUUUUCUAAGUUUAGAUUAUUUCAUAAUUUUCCGAAUAUUUUUUAUUUGAAACAUGGGAUUUAGUUUGUACAUAAUCGAGAAAAUACCUGAUAAAUAUGAGUUUGUGGAUUGAGAACAACGAAAAUCAUCAUGAAACAAUUUCCAUUCAAAAUAUGCAAGGUCAAUUGAGUUUUAAAGUCGAAGAAAAUUCAGGAAACCAAAUAAGGACAAUCGGCAAAUACGAUACAUAUUCUGAUAGAGACAGCUUGGGAGAAUGCAGAUACAAUGGUGAAAAUAGAUUAUUGUCCUAUGUAGAACUGAGGGGACCCUCCGUAAGUACUACCUUUGAAUCACAAAAUACUGAAGCGACAUCAUCAGAAAAAUCCAGAGAUAAUGCACAUAACAGAUAUCAAUGCAUGUUUGAAGGUUGUGCAAGGACAUAUAGCACAGUUGGAAAUUUGAGGACACACAUUAAAGCACAUAACGGUGAAUAUAAGUUCAAGUGCAAUGAGGAAAAAUGUGGUAAAACUUUUCUCACAUCUUAUAGUUUGAAAAUUCACCUAAGAGUUCAUUCAAAAAUCAAACCCUUCAAAUGUAACUAUGAGGUUUGUGAUAAAGCUUUCAAUACCUUGUAUAGGCUUAGAGCUCAUGAGAGAUUGCAUAAUGGGCAAACUUUCAAUUGUGAAAGUACUGGCUGCUCUAAGUAUUUUACCACUCUCAGUGACCUUAAAAAGCACAUAAGAACGCAUACCAGAGAGAAGCCUUAUAAGUGUAAGGAAAUAACAUGUGGAAAAGCAUUCACUGCAAGUCAUCAUUUGAAAACACACUUACGUAUUCACAGUGGUGAACGUCCAUAUGUCUGCAAGGAAAAUCAUUGUACCAAAGCAUUCUCCACCCCACACAGUCUCAAGUCACAUCUUAAAACUCACCAAAAAGCUCAGGAAGCAGCUAAUAAUGCAACCAAAGAUACAACCAAAGUUAUUCUAAAGCAAGCAUUAACUAAUAUUGCAGUAAAUGGUGAUACUGUCACAAAUAAUAUAAAUUCUGGUGCUUUACAGUGUGACAAUAUGAAUUUGAAUGAGAAUGAAAGAUAUACCUGGCCAUUCAUCAACUCAGGAGGUCAUGUAGAAACAGGUGUAUCGCCGCUCCACCAAACCAUAGAUUUUUCUCACUUAUUCACCACCAAUAACCUGGAACUUCCAACCCCUGUUGUCACAGCAACUAUCAACCCAGCAAGAUAUGCUGCAGUUAUCGAGACCGAUUUCAGUGAUGAAUUUGAAACUGCUAAUAUUCUCAAGAAUUACGCUACCGUCAACACCACAGAACCUAUUCCCACUCAGCUUUCAUACAACAUUGGUUCCGAGAAUGUAGAAAACGGAAAAGAUGGUGAAACUUUGAAUGAUACUGAGAUGAAGCUUGAGGAUAACUCGAUCAUAAUGGAAAUAGAGAAGGCUGAUAUCGAUACUUACGACGUAAAUUUAAACGUUAAUUUAGUGAAUAAUUUCGAUGUGGAUAUGCUGGAUAGUGCUGUGAGGCAAAUGGGUAUAGGAAUCAAUGAACGAAAACCAGCUGCUGAAACUUUUUCUGAGGGAAUUGAUGUCACCCAACAUACACUGAAUUCAGUUCAAGACUCUGGGGAAUUGAACACACCCGAAAUCUUAGGUCCUGAUCAAGAAAUUGCGCCCAACUGGAUUGAUGCCUUCAACUUUCAACCUGAUCAGGACAUCUCUCCAUUGGAGAAUAGCUUACCCCAGAAUGAUAUGGAAUUUGAUAUUUUUAAUUUUCAAGAAAUUUUAGACAACACAGGCAAUAAUAAUAAUAGCGAUCAUUUGUUGAACAAUAACGCUACUCCGAAUCAGUCGAAUAAAACAGACUUACUGAAAUCUUUGGCAGCUGAUGCUGAUAUUUGCAAAUGUCAAGAUUGCGGAUGUACAACGGAAUCCAGUUGCAAUAAUUGUUCAUCUGAAUCAAGUAACAUAGGUGGGGAUAUCCCGAAUAACUCGAUGACCUAUUUAGAUUUAUCACAGCUUAACAACGCGGUCAAACUGGAAGAUGAACAGUGUUGUAUUUUAGUUUGCUUAAAAACACUGAAACAAGCUCAGCAAGUUUUCGCCCUCACAAAUUGUUGCGUCAACGGUCAAAAUUUCAAUAUGGGUUGCCUCAAAACCAAUAUUUGCAAUACAAUUUUUGAGAGCUCAUAAUGCCUUUAGUAUUUAUGAAAAUUUCAUAUGAACUACAACAUUUCAAAGUACAGAAUGUUCAGAUCAAUUCCUGUUAUUCAAGAAAGUACUGAAAGUUUCAUUAUUUAGUGAACAGAAUAGAAGUUUUUUUAUUUUUUUAACUCGAUUGUUGUGAUCUCUCAUCUCUUACAUGUGCCAUAGUUUUUACGGUGGAACCAUUGAAGUAUGAUAACUUCUGAGGCCAAUAGAUUUGGUCUAUAGCAAAGCAGUAAACUGUCCUCAUCUUGAUUGAGUAGAAUUUCCCUACCAAAUUUAGAAAAAGGAAUUGUAUCAUGAAUUUUCAUUGUUAUAUUUUCCUUGUUAGCACUAGUUCUUGAAAAAAAAUUUUUUUCUAUGAAAUCUUCGCCAAUACAUUUCUGCAGCCAAAUCUAUUGUUUUGAAGUUUCAUCCAUGUUACCAAAUAUAUUCUUCAUAUUUUCAGUAUAGUUAUAUGUAUAUGCAAUCGCGAACAUCGAACAGUACCUCUGAAAAAGUGCCUUAAAUAUUCUUCCUUAUACAAUUUGAUAUAGCUACUAUUUUUUAUGCAAUUUAUACCGAAAAUCGGUGAAAAUUCCUUGUGCAAUAUUUUAUGAACGCCUACUACAAAUUUGUUUUGUUAUCCUGUUAUCAGUGUUGAUUGGUUUUCAACUUUUUUAAUAUUUCCAUAGUUUAUAAUCUUGUGUUGUGUCUCUUUCUGUUGUUAUUUUAUAUAAUUUAAGUAUUAUUGCUAGUCAUAAUAGUGCAACCUUUUAACUAACGACUGAUAAUAAAUUUUUAUCUGACAAAA